GACAAUAAAACUUUACGUACAGAUACUGAAAUUUCAAUUCAUUUCAUUUUCAUGAGUUACAAAUGAUCACUCCUUUAAUUUUCGCCCCCCCAAUCCUUUAAAAAUGUAAAACGUGAGGACCUAUGUAAUACUUUCAACAAUAAAGAUUAAAAGAAAAAAAAAUCCAGAUGCUAAACAACAACAAAAAGUAAAACGUUCUUAGCUUGUGGGCUCUACAAAAUUAGUGGUGGACAGAACUUGACCUCCAGACCUCGUUUGCUGGUAUGUUUUAGAAAACUCCUAACUUAAAAAAAAAAAGUCUAUUAAAUACACACACACUAUUAUUGUGGAUAACCAUCCCCGCUGGAGGCUGAAUGGAAAUCAUUAAUAUGCUGAUUUCUGUCGCCGCUGCAUCACCUCCCACAGACCGUAAGUGCAGCAGCCCGGGAGUGCGAGGGAGCUGGCUGCACCCGACCGCACAGCGAUCCCCGGGCGGGACGUCGGCGGGGGCCGAGCCGCCCUCCGCUCAGACCCCGGCGGCCCAGACCCGCCCGCCCGCGCGGCCGCCGGCUGCGGGGCGCGCAGUCGCACUGCUUCCGCCUUCCACCAAUCUCGGUCCUCGACGCGUUCCGUUCGUGCGCGGCGGAGCCGGGCGGCAGGAGAGGCCGCCGUGGCCGGGCUGCGGCGUGAAGAGCGGCGGGGCCCAGCGCCGGCGCGGAUGGAGGACUCGCAGCUGUUCUGCGUGGCCGAGGAGCGCAGCGGCCACUGCGCGGUGGUGGACGGCAGCUUAUUCUUCCAACAAUUGUCUUAUUCAGAUCCUUCUGAACAGAAGAUAGCUGAAAGGCCCUGGAAUCUGAAGUCUAUUGAAGACAAUGAAGUAUAUUUGCCUAAUGAUGAAAUUUGGACCUAUGAUAUUGAUAGUGGGUUGUGGACAAUGCACCUCAUGGAAGGAGAACUCCCUACCUCCAUGUCAGGAAGUUGUGGUGCUUGCAUUAAUGGAAAGCUGUACGUUUUUGGAGGAUAUGAUGACAAAGGAUACAGCAAUCGACUUUAUUUUGUUAAUUUGCGAACCAGAGAUGGAACCUAUGUUUGGGAAAAAAUCACCAACUUUGAAGGAAAACCACCCACACCACGUGAUAAACUUUCUUGCUGGGUAUAUAAAGACAGAUUAAUAUAUUUUGGUGGCUAUGGGUGUAGGAGACAUAAUGAACUCCAAGACUGUUUUGAUGUUCAUGAUGCAUCUUGGGAAGAGCAGAUAUUCUGGGGAUGGCAUAAUGAUGUUCAUGUAUUUGACACAAAGACACAGAAUUGGUUUCAACCAGAAAUUAAAGGCGGAGUCCCCCCACAGCCACGAGCCGCACACACGUGUGCAGUUCUUGGAAAUAAGGGCUAUGUCUUUGGUGGACGUGUUUUGCAAACUAGGAUGAAUGAUUUGCACUAUCUAAACUUAGAUACCUGGAUUUGGUCUGGAAGGAUUCCUAUUACUGGAGAAAACCCUAAACAUCGAUCAUGGCAUACUUUAACACCAAUAGCUGAUGAUAAGCUUUUCUUAUUUGGUGGACUAAGUGCAGACAAUAUUCCAUUAAGUGAUGGUUGGAUUCAUAAUGUCAUAACAAAUUGUUGGAAACAACUGACAUAUUUACCUAAAACAAGACCUAGGUUAUGGCACACAGCCUGUUUGGGAAAAGAAAAUGAAAUAAUGGUAUUUGGUGGGAGCAAAGAUGAUUUACUUUCCUUGGAUACAGGUCACUGUAAUGAUUUGUUGAUCUUUCAAACACAGCCUUAUUCACUACUCAGGUCAUGCCUUGACUGCAUUGGUAAAAAUGCUAUAAUUUUAGAAAGUCAAAUAUCUUUAUUACCUCCUAAACUUCUUCAACAAGUACUCAAAAAAAUCACAUUUUGGACUGCAGCUAACCACCGAGAAGAACAAAGAGCCCAAAAAGAAGAAACAGAAAAUAAGUAUCAGUGGAUCAGUAACAAUUAAGUUGUUAUAUACUUUAUAUGUUUAAUAUGUUUAACAUUUUAAUCAGACUGUAUAUUUACUCCUCAAAUUGGAGGCUUUAUUUAGAAGAUAAAAUUGAAGCAAAAAUGUUAUGUUAAAGUGAUUACAUGGAAUGGGAUAUAUGGGAAUGAGAUGUUAAUGGCAGAUUAAUUUAUAUUUCUAAAAUAAUUUCCUUAUAAGGUACAGAAAAAAAAUAUGCUUUCUGAAAGUAAUUACAAUUGUAGGCAAUUUUAACUCACUGUGUACUCAUUGCUGGAAAGAUUAUACAAAUUUGAGGAGAAUAAGAAAUUACCCAAGGACUUUAGAAAUCCCUCAAUAUAAUGAUACAUAAAAACACUAUAUAUCAACUUUUAUAUAGAAUAGAUUCUCUCAAGUCACUAUAAAAUUACCUAAAUCUUCUCAUUAAAUAAUUCAGUUAUUUAAAUAACAUCUUCUUAAAUUACUAAUAUAGCUGGCCAAAAUUAUAAAGUAGACAAACACUGGUAUAGUGUUAAAUGUGGAACCCCCACCCUUUUAGCACUUAUCUAGUAAAGAAUUCUUAAGCAUCAUUGUACUUUUCCUUUUUUUUGUCAUAAGUUUUCCUCAAACCUUUAUUUGAGUAGGGGAAUAAAUGCAUUCAAUUGCUUUUUGUUACCCCUAAGUUAUUAGUUUGUCCAAUUUUAUAUGUACAAAGACCAUAUUUUAAAGUGCCUAAAGUAUUUGUCAUCCAGGCUCUGAAAUAUUGAGAAGCAGUAUAAUUAUUAAGUUUUGAGGCACAUUAAAAUAUAGUUUGCCUUGGAAGAGUGCAUCUAAAGUGAUUUUCAUAAAUAAUGAAAUGGAAUGGUAAUCUAGUAAGUUGCCUUUAUUGAAACCCCUCAAUUUGGUCCACACCAUUCUACAAAGUUGGUGCUUAAGGAUAUUGAAAAUAUGUUAUCUUCCCAUUCAUUUUCAGUAUUAACUGCUUAUACAGAAAUAAAACACUAUAACUUAUAUUCCUUAAGAGUACUUUUGCCAUAAUUAAGAAAUUGUUCAUAUUAUUACAGCAUACCCUUCCAUUGAAUUACUAAUAACGAUGUAUUACUCAAAGGCUUGGUUAUAAAAUUACUCUCCACAAUACCACCAUACAAGUUAUUUCUGAAAUUCAAAAUGUUAGAGCAAAUAUAUUUCUCUAUUGAAAUAUAUAUGUAAUUUAUAAUGAAAAUUAGUCAUUGAUAGUACCUCAUUAAAUUUUAGAGAUAUAUUUUAUAUAUAUUGUAUUUUGAUGUGUAAAGCUUCUAUUUAUGUAUUGAGAUAGUGUGUGUUUACAUUUUAUUUAUUAUAUGAACUAUGUAGAUUUACUAUUUUUCCAGUUUUGUUCAUGUGAACCAGUCAUUAGAGUUGAUUGUACAAACAAUA